CGCAGCAAGUGGCUGCAGGUGGCGACGGUGGCGGGGGGUGAGGAGUGAGGUGGUUCAGGGGUCGCGGAGGAGGAGGCUGAGAGGGCCCAAAGACAAACUAAAGCGGCAGUCUGGCCUACUGGUCCGGGGGCCGCGGAGCCCCCGCCUGGGGAGAUGGACCUCAACCGGAUCAUCCAGGCACUGAAGGGCACCAUCGACCCGAAGCUGCGGAUUGCGGCCGAGAAUGAACUCAACCAGUCUUACAAGAUUAUCAAUUUUGCCCCCAGUUUACUUCGGAUUAUAGUGUCUGAGCAUGUGGAAUUCCCAGUGCGCCAGGCAGCUGCCAUUUACUUGAAGAACAUGGUGACACAGUACUGGCCGGACCGAGAACCUCCACCAGGAGAAGCAAUAUUUCCAUUCAACAUUCAUGAAAAUGAUCGCCAGCAAAUACGUGAUAAUAUUGUGGAAGGAAUAAUUCGGUCUCCAGAUUUAGUGAGAGUCCAGUUAACAAUGUGUCUCCGUGCCAUCAUUAAAUACGAUUUCCCUGGUCACUGGCCAGCAGUAGUCGACAAGAUAGACUAUUACUUGCAAUCACAGAGCAGUGGAAGCUGGCUUGGCAGUUUGUUAUGUCUGUAUCAACUGGUGAAGACAUAUGAAUAUAAGAAAGCAGAGGAAAGAGAACCUCUUAUAGCAGCAAUGCAAAUAUUUCUGCCUCGUAUUCAGCAACAAAUCAUGCAGCUCCUUCCUGAUUCCUCACAUUAUUCUGUAUUAAUACAGAAACAGAUUCUGAAAAUCUUUUAUGCACUUGUGCAGUAUGCAUUGCCUCUUCAACUGGUGAAUAACCAAACCAUGACAGCGUGGAUGGAGAUCUUCCGAACUAUUAUUGACAGGACUGUUCCUCCUGAGACUCUGCAGAUUGAUGAGGAUGAUAGACCAGAACUAGUCUGGUGGAAAUGUAAGAAGUGGGCACUACACAUUGUAGCUCGUCUCUUUGAACGAUACGGAAGCCCAGGAAAUGUCACAAAAGAAUACUUUGAAUUUUCUGAAUUCUUUUUGAAAACUUAUGCAGUGGGAAUUCAGCAGGUACUACUAAAAAUUUUAGACCAGUAUAGGCAGAAAGAGUAUGUAGCGCCCCGUGUUCUUCAGCAAGCUUUCAACUAUCUCAACCAAGGAAUUGUUCAUUCCGUGACCUGGAAGCAGAUGAAGCCACACAUACAGAAUAUCUCUGAAGAUGUGAUUUUUUCUGUGAUGUGCUAUAAAGAUGAGGAUGAAGAACUGUGGCAGGAAGAUCCAUAUGAAUAUAUAAGGAUGAAAUUUGAUAUUUUCGAAGAUUAUGCUUCUCCUACCACAGCAGCCCAGACUCUCUUAUAUACUGCUGCAAAGAAAAGAAAAGAGGUGUUGCCAAAAAUGAUGGCAUUCUGUUAUCAAAUCCUAACAGACCCGAACUUUGAUCCUAGGAAGAAAGAUGGAGCCCUGCAUGUGAUUGGUUCCCUAGCUGAUAUUUUACUGAAGAAGAGUUUAUUCAAGGACCAAAUGGAGUUAUUGCUGCAGAAUCAUGUGUUUCCAUUACUGUUGUCUAACCUGGGAUACCUUCGAGCCAGAUCCUGUUGGGUACUUCAUGCAUUCAGUUCUUUGAAAUUUCAUAAUGAGCUCAACCUAAGAAAUGCAGUUGAUCUAGCAAAGAAGAGCCUGAUUGAGGAUAAGGAGAUGCCUGUCAAGGUUGAAGCUGCCCUUGCUCUUCAGUCAUUAAUUUCUAACCAGACACAAGCCAAGGAAUAUAUGAAGCCACACGUAAGGCCUAUUAUGCAGGAGCUGUUGCACAUUAUUAGAGAGACAGAAAAUGAUGAUGUUACUAAUGUUAUCCAGAAGAUGAUAUGUGAAUACAGCCAAGAGGUAGCCUCAAUUGCUGUGGAUAUGACUCAGCAUUUGGCUGAGAUAUUUGGCAAAGUUCUUCAAAGUGAUGAAUAUGAAGAAGUUGAAGACAAGACUGUAAUGGCUAUGGGAAUUUUACAUACCAUUGAUACUAUCUUGACAGUUGUAGAAGAUCACAAAGAGGUUACUCAGCAGUUAGAGAAUAUCUGUCUACGGAUCAUUGAUCUUGUUUUACAGAAACAUGUAAUUGAAUUCUAUGAAGAAAUUCUUUCAUUGGCUUACAGUUUAACUUGCCAUGGUAUUUCUCCUCAAAUGUGGCAGCUUCUAGGUAUAUUAUAUGAGGUUUUUCAGCAGGAUUGUUUUGAAUAUUUUACAGACAUGAUGCCUCUUCUGCAUAAUUAUGUGACAAUAGAUACAAAUACUUUACUGUCAAAUCCAAAGCAUUUAGAAAUACUUUUUACAAUGUGUAGAAAGGUACUAUGUGGAGAUGCAGGAGAAGAUGCAGAAUGUCAUGCAGCCAAACUUCUUGAAGUCAUCAUUCUUCAGUGCAAAGGAAGGGGAAUUGAUCAGUGCAUUCCACUCUUCGUGCAACUUGUUUUGGAGAGAUUAACCCGAGGGGUCAAAACUAGUGAGCUUCGUACUAUGUGUCUUCAGGUUGCAAUUGCUGCCUUGUACUACAACCCAGAUUUGCUGCUACAUACUUUAGAACGAAUUCAGUUGCCUCACAACCCUGGACCUGUAACUGUACAAUUUGUAAAUCAGUGGAUGAAUGAUACAGAUUGUUUUCUUGGGCAUCAUGAUCGGAAGAUGUGUAUAAUAGGACUGAGUAUCCUUUUGGAAUUGCAAAAUCGACCUCCUGCAGUAGAUGCUGUGGUGGGACAGAUUGUGCCCUCAAUUCUUUUCCUUUUCCUUGGACUAAAGCAGGUCUGUGCUACCAGACAACUGGUAAACCGGGAAGAUCACUCAAAAGCAGAUAAAGCCAAUAUAGAAGAAAAUGAAGAGAUUUCAAGUGAUGAAGAGGAGACUAAUGUCACUGCUCAAGCAAUGCAGUCAAAUAAUGGAAGAGGUGAAGAUGAGGAGGAAGAUGAUGAUGACUGGGAUGAAGAAAUUUCAAGUGAUGAAGAGGAGACUAAUGUCACUGCUCAAGCAAUGCAGUCAAAUAAUGGAAGAGGUGAAGAUGAGGAGGAAGAUGAUGAUGACUGGGAUGAAGAAGUGUUGGAAGAAACUGCUCUUGAGGGAUUCAGUACUCCACUGGACCUUGACAAUAGUGUGGAUGAAUAUCAAUUUUUUACACAAGCUUUGCUGACUGUGCAGAAUCGGGAUGCUGCGUGGUAUCAGCUGCUGAUGGCGCCGCUCAGUGAGGAUCAGAGGAGGGCCCUGCAGGAGGUGUACACACUGGCCGAGCACCGGAGGACAGUGGCAGAGGCAAAGAAGAAGAUUGAACAACAGGGAGGCUUCACCUUUGAAAACAAAGGCGUCCUCUCUGCAUUUAAUUUUGGGACUAUGCCUACCAACAACUGAAAGAAGGAACAUCAGCUGACCAAACGUCAUGGUUACGUUGAGCGUCAGCUGGAAGAAGAGGGUCAGCAGAGCUGGGGAGGGGCUGCUCUUCGCGCCACUGGCUGUGCCAGUUACCGUUUGGCAUCCGGCAGCACCUUUCUCUGCCCCUGCGUCCCCUUUGAUCUUUCUCAUCCUGAAAUAUGUAUUUUAAGCAGCUACUGUAAUGUAUGAAAUUAAAGAAAAACAAAACCAUAGGACUGAAAAGGACAAAGCAUAUGCUCCAAAGGAUGAAUGACCAAGGUGGAUUUAGAGGACUGGAUGGAAAUGCACGUCUCAGGUUUUGCCAUGCAGAAUCAAUGGAUUUAUGCGAAUAACAGUGCCUUCUGUUGUACAUGAAUUAUCUGAAAAAAAUUUUUUUGGAGUGUGUUGCAAUUUUUUUUAAAGCAUAAAACAUAUUUCUAGAUAAAUGUAAACCUUGGCUAUAUGUUGAUUUAUUCUGUAUUUUACUAUGUGAAUUUCCUGUUAGACAGUUAGCUACAAGUCACUCUGGUUUCAAAAUCAUCACUGCUCCCCUUGAUCCCCCUGCUGCUGGGGUCUUUCUUCAGGGGUUGUACAAUAUGCACUGGCUCUGGUUUUUCAUAAUGUGUUUUUUCCUAAAGAUGUGGCUUUCCUAAGAAGUGUCUUAUUCUCUCUUCUGUCGUAUUUUUCAGCCCUGAAAGGGGUAGUAUUUCUUUUGAAUCAAUCUAUAUGAGUAUCGAUUUUAUUCAUAACCUGGUAAGUUCAGGACUCAAAAAUUUCUUGGCAGCAAGUGGCAGGGACUCCUUAGUCACUGGAAUUAACAAUAAGUCCGAGUAUUUUUUGAAUCAUGUACUUAAUUAUGCAGUUAAUUGAUAAUUAUGCUAAAGCACAUUGGACUUCUAAGAGAAAGGUGCUGCAUAAGAAUGCUGUCUUUCUGGAUGGGGGCUUGCAUUGUCAAUAACUUAUCAUUCCAGCUGUGUUGGACCUGGGUCCAAAACAUUUUGUAACAGUAUUUUUAAUCUAGGAAAAAGACCCAAGUAAAUCUAACAUCUUGCUUUCUCACACAUCUGACUUUUCCCCUAUCUAAUCUGAACUGAAUCUGUUUAUUUUAGCUCAGUUUGGCUUCUUAUAUUUUUCAGGGAUUGGGAUAUUGGUCAGCUGCACUCUUACAUUGUAAUGAUGCAAGAUAGCCCAUGAGAAAUAUUACAGAUAGAGGUUACAGCUGCUUUCUGAACUGAUUCAGUGCCAGAACAUGGGUCAUAGUGUUUUCAUUCUGUAAAGUGAAAGUGGAUUUUCAGAACUUAAUAUAUUUCUGGAUAUGAUACAGUUGUCCUUUUUUAUGAAAUGUUUGCAGCUUAUAUUUUCCAUCAGUGACUGGAGGAAUUUCCUCCAGGUGCUUUCUAGAUUACCAUCCCUUGUUAAUAUGAACUCUUUAGAAUUUUAGGUUAUUUAAGUAGAUUUUACAGAAGUAGCCCAAGAAGCCAUGAGUUUCAGUUGAAUAAUCCCUUGCUUUCCUCUGCCCCCCUCUUCCCAAGGCACUGACACUGAGUGUGCCAACUGGGCGUUAGAAAGAUGGCAUUGGGGGACAUUGUUAACAUCUAAGCUUUGAAACUCUUCUUAUUCUCCUUAUGUCUCAAAUGGUUUAAUUUUAACAUAAUAUGCCUUCACACUGGAUUGUAAAAGGCAUGUGAUUUUAUUUUUGUGAUGUAUUGUCUCCUGCAGUAUUAAAGGGAAAGAAGUGUUAAUGUGUAUCAUCCUAUCUUGUUUUUGAAGCCAGGGUAGUUGUACAGUUUUGUUACCAGCAGUGCUAACCUGAAUGUGAUCUGAUAACCUUGGAAAUGCAGGAACUCAUAUGAAUGUAAAAUAAAAUGCGGGCUGAUUCCCAGGAUCCUGAA